UAAAGCGGGCAGUAGGUGAGGGGAAGGCGGCCAGACGGGAGCAUGGUCGCGGCUCCGCAGCAGCCUCCGCCGCCGCCGCGCCGCGCCCCCCUGCCCGGCCUCCAGCGCGGCUCCCGGCGCCCGCAGCCGCUCGGGGCUCUGCCUUAGCGGCGGAGGCUGCAAUGCACAAGCCGCCGCCUCCCGCCGCCGCGCAUCCUCCCGCCGCCUGAGGACGCGGCCGCGCACCCGCGCUGCCGGCCCGGGGCCGCUGCGCCCCCGCCGAGGGAGGUAAUUUGGCUUCCCAGAAACCUCCUGCUAAAUGCAAGGGUUUGCAUUCCUGUUCACUGACUGUUACACCUGAGGCUGAUUUUGAUACAGAGUCUGGAUAUUGCAGGGCAAGCUCUCAAGUUCCCUUUGAGAAGAAGCUGCCCUCCAUCGAAAUGUCACGGCACCACAGCCGGUUUGAAAGAGAUUAUCGGGCCGGGUGGGAUCGCCGGGAUUGGAGCUCCAACGGCAAUCACGUCAGCAGCACCAACUGCAGCAGUGCCGUGAGCACCAACAGCAACAACCGCCCCGGGCUGCUGCCCCUGCCCAUCGUCCCCUCCCGGCUCCCCACCCCGGCCACCGCUGCUUGCACCACCGUCAACAGCGAUGUGAUCACGAGCCUGGUGGCCAACUCGUCUCCAGCUUCAACUACCAAAUGUCGUGCGCUGAUGUCCCUGGUGUCCUGGAGCAGCAAGUGUCGCAGCCGGGACCUCGGUUCGAUACCUCAGCUCCGUUCCCUGAUGUUCUCGCUGAGAAACGAAGGCAGCUGGACACCUUGCAUUUCCAAGACUGAAAAUCAGCCUCAAGGACUUGCAACAAGCAUCAGGUGGGGACAGACACCUAUCAAUCAGUCCACACCCUGGGACACUGAUGAGCCUCCAUCUAAACAGAUGAGGGAGAAUGAAAACCCAGGUGCAGCGCCCUGGGUCACCACAGUGGCGGCCGGCAGCCAGCCCGCCCUGAUCACGCACUCCUACGGGAUGACGCAGCCGCCCACCUUCAGCCCGGCCGCCAACGUCCAGGCCCCCGUCAUUGGCGUGACGCCCUCCCUCCCUCCGCACGUCACCCCCCAGCUCCCGCUGAUGCCUGCCCACUACCAGCUCCAGCCGCAGCCCUCCCAGCCCCUCAGCAACAUGGUGGUCAACCUCCAGAGCCAGCCCUUGUACACCAACAGCCAGCCCCUCAGCAUGUCCUCCAUGAGCGGCGUGGGUCCGGUGGCCCACCCGGGACCCGGGGCGGUGGGCAACGGCCACCUGGCCUGCCCCAUGCUGCCGCCGCCACCGCCGGCACUGCCCUCGGCCGCCCUGCCCAGCAGCGCGCCCACCGCCAACGGGCAGGCGGCUGCCCCGCUGCCCCCCAGCACAGCAGGGGGCCCAGACAACACCAACGGGGUGCAGAUGCUGCGGACGAUCGGCGUGGGGAAGUACGAGUUCACGGAUCCCUGGCACCCCAAAGAAAUGUUGAAGGAGUUGAACCAGCAACGCAGAGCGAAAGAGUUUACAGACCUGAAAAUUAUUGUUGAAGGCAAAGAGUUUGAAGUCCACCAAAAUGUUCUAGCUUCCUGCAGCUUGUAUUUCAAGGACCUGAUUAAAAGGUCACCAAGAGACAGUAGCAGAAGCGGAGAGAAGCUGGAAUUGGCCAUGUCCAACCUCACUGCGGAUGUCCUGGAAUUACUGCUGGAGUUUGUUUAUACAGGUUCUUUGAUAAUAGAUUCAGCCAAUGCAAAAACCCUACUGGAAGCUGCCAGCAAGUUCCAGUUUCAUACUUUCUGUAAAGUCUGCGUUUCAUUUCUAGAAAAACAGCUGACUGCUAGCAACUGCUUAGGAAUAUUAGCCAUGGCUGAAGCCAUGCAGUGCACUGAACUAUACAACAUGGCCAAAGCAUACGCCCUGCAGAUUUUCCCAGAGGUGGCAAACCAAGAAGAGAUACUUAAUAUCUCAAAAGACGACUUCAUUUCCUACAUGUCCAAUGACAGCCUGAACACCAAAGCAGAGGAGCUGGUGUAUGAAACAGUGAUAAAGUGGAUUAAGAAGGACGCUGCAAUCAGAGCUCAGUAUGCUGCGGAGUUGCUGGCAGUGGUGCGCCUCCCCUUCAUCCAUCCCAGCUAUCUGCUAAAUGUUGUUGACAAUGAGGAGUUGAUAAAGUCUUCGGAGGCUUGCCGGGAUCUAGUGAAUGAAGCCAAACGUUAUCACAUGCUGCCGCACGCCCGACAAGAGAUGCAGACGCCGAGGACCCGGCCCAGGCUCUCUGCAGGUGUAGCUGAGGUAAUAGUCUUAGUUGGGGGUCGUCAGAUGAUUGGCAUGAAUCAACGUGCUUUAACAGCAGUCACUUGCUUAAAUCCUCAAAACAACAAGUGGUACCCGUUGGCCAGCUUGCCCUUCUAUGAUCGAGAGUUUUUCAGCGUGGUCAGCGCUGGGGACAACAUCUAUCUCUCAGGCGGCAUGGAGUCGGGUGUCACGCUCGCUGAUGUCUGGUGUUACAUGUCCUUGCUUGAUAACUGGAACCUCGUGUCCCGCAUGACAGUCCCAAGAUGUCGACAUAACAGUCUGGUGUACGAUGGGAAAAUUUAUACCAUUGGAGGGGUCGGUGUGGCAGGCAACGUUGACCAUGUGGAAAGGUACGAUACGAUAACCAACCAGUGGGAGACCAUCGCUCCUCUGCCAAAGGCUGUCCACUCUGCCGCUGCAACCGUUUGCGGUGGGAAGAUCUACGUCUUCGGUGGGGUGAAUGAAGCCGGACGAGCUGCAGGAGUCUUGCAGUCCUACAUCCCUCAGACUAAUUCGUGGAGUUUUAUAGAGUCUCCGAUGAUUGAUAACAAAUAUGCUCCUGCAGUCACUCUCAAUGGGUUCAUCUUUAUUCUUGGAGGAGCUUAUGCACGAGCAACCACGAUCUAUGACCCAGAGAAAGGCAAUAUUAAAGCAGGUCCCAACAUGAACCACUCCAGGCAGUUCUGCAGGGAAAAGCCAUCGCUGGACCACAAACCCGCAGGCAGCCACGGGCGCUGGGUGAGGGCUUGCUGUCGACGUCCGAUGCAGCAGCGUCUCGAGGCACUGAGCAAAGCCGGGGCAGGGGGGUUGUGCCAGGCGAGCGCCCAAGUGAAACACCGUCCGGGGCGGGAGGAGUAGCAGUGAUGGGGCAGCUGCUGGGCCCACAACGGACCCGCAUCUCCCAGACGGCCAGCCAAAGCUCUGCUCCUUGCCCCAGGGGUGUCCCUAGCCCCCAUCCUGUGGUUGAAAAACACCUCUGUGUUUUAACUUGUUGCAUUUAACCUUUCACUUUGGUGCAGAUGAGAAAAUGCCUUUCUAAGAAACAUGCUCAGUUUUUAUCUUUUUGUUGUUUUUUUCUCGUUUUCUCCUUUUUUUCCCCUUUCUUUUAUUAAUUUAAGGAGCGCCCUCUCUUGGCUGCUGAAGCAUAUUUUGUUGUAAGCAAAGGAGUCCAGGCAGCCAGCUCCAACCUGGGUGGCUGCGGCCGUGUGCGCUAAGGACAGGUCUUCCUUGUCCCUCCACCCUAGCAGGAGGCAAAGCAGGAUGGCAAGGGGCCUGCAGUGCUCAGGCAGCUGCUGGUGAUAUUUUUCCCCUGAAAACCAGAAAUAAAGGCUACAAUGCAGCUCAGGGUUAGAGCCCGAACCAGUAGCUGAAACACGAGGGACUUGUACAUUCGAUACAUUCCUGUACCUUCCCAUAGAGUGCUCUUUGAACAUCUCUUUUGUAAAACGUAACAAGAAUCUAUUAAUUUACUAUCUGGAAUACACUACAAGAGAAAUUGCAUGGGUGAUUUCAAGCAGGGGUUGUUGGCUGAGCAUCUCACCUGAAAGCUUCCCUGAGUUUCUAAUGUGAAGGGGUGCUUUGCUCUGCACCCUGCAGAAGGGAAUCCAAUGGGAGACCCUGUGAUGGACCAAGGAGAGGAAACCAAUGACCUAAUAUUAGGCACCAUAAUGAACUGGCUCUGCUUAAGUAGCAUAUGACACCUGUCAGUAAAAAGUAACUUGAAACAUUUAAAUGACAUUUUUUUCUAAAGCCUAACGCAAUAGUGGACUGGAAACCUACAUUUAUAGCGGGAUAGUCACCAAAAAAAGAAAUAGUUCAGUGUGUGUCCGUUGGAUGCCAAAAAAAGACACAGUUUCAAGAAUCCUUAAAUGUGCUGGGAAAUGGUCAAGGAAAAAUAUUUCAGCCAAAAGGAGAUGUGAAACCUAUGACAAAACCUAAAUAAAUAAGUAGGUAUGGAUACAGGGAUAAUGGGAGGUUAGCAGUAACAAAUAAGUUGAAAAUCAGCUGCUGCUACAGGAGGCUGAGGGAACCAGUGAAAUACUAAGGGCUAAGAAGGGUAAAAAGAAAGGCACUGUAAACCUUUUGGGAUCAAGUUUGUAAAUUUGUAAUUUUAAUCAGUUAUAAAACCAUUGCUGAUGAGGCUGAUGAGGUAGCAAAGUGUAACACAGACCGAUCAGAUGGAUAUUUCUCAUCUGUAUUUCAAAGGGAGCAAGAAGGUUUGGGUCAUAUUCUGCUGUGAGGGACCAAAAGCGGUCACUGCUGCCAGCAAGGAAAGAUGUGAAAUCAGAAACUGAGUUCUCAAAUCAGGCAGCCCAGCCGACUUAGAUGCAGGCAUCUUUAGAGAUUUCACUGAGAAGCUGAUUGAACCACUAAUGUUGAUUUUUAAUAACUCUUACAGUUCAGGAUGGAUCAGGGCACUGCCAAAGUGUUUCCAUAUUUUGAAAAGGUGAAAGGGAGAAUUUUAGUGCAGCAAUUAAUUUUGCAAAGUACCAACAUCAGGCUAAGUGGUCUCACUUAGCCUCAUGUUGGUCCUCUUCAAAAUAUCAGAGUGGUUAAUUUGGGAUUUCAUCGACAAAUAACUAGAUGCUAAUAAUAUCAUGAACAGCAAUCGGUGCGCUUUCCUGGAAAAAGAGGUCUUAUUAAACCAACCUGUUGUCUUCUGGUUUUUGGGGGGGAGAUUGGGUUCUUUGUUUUUAAUGAAACAUGCCUGGCUGCUAAAGACAACUGUGAUGCUAUAAUAUACUACGAUUUCUCCAAAGUAUUUGGCUGGUAUUAUAUGGAAUUAACAAGGCACACAUUAGAGAGAUUAAAUCUGCUUCACUGACAGAUCUCAAAAUGUAGUUCUUAAUGAGAAGAUAUCGCUGAGCAAGGCCACCAGUAGCAAGCGUUGAUUCUUCUUCAAUGCUAUUUAAUAUAUCUACCAACAGUCCAGGUAAUAGAAAAUCUCCCCUGGUAAAGGCUGCAGGUGGCAUAACAUUUGGUGGGUAAAAAAUAUUACAGAAGGAGCUAUUUUAGCCAGUUAUCUGUAUGUCUCAGUUAGAUGGUCUCAAGCUAGCAGUGGUAUUUUAAAUGCAAAGUAAUACACAGAGGAAGCACAAUCAUAGCAGCCCUGCUCCCCUUCGAAAGUCAGGCACUCAGAAGAGGACAUAAAGGAGGCCGCUCAGAGGUACACGACAUGAGCUCUCAUCGCAGUGCGGUGGACAAAAGGUCAGUGCAAUAUUGGAUAUAUAAUAUGAGCCCUAACACCGAAAUGAAAACAAGUUGAAGCUGGGAAGAGAGUGCUGCUGCAUUCAGAGUUGGCGAGAUGAAUGCAGGUCUCGGGUCCACGCGUCAACAUGCGGAAAUAUCGGCAGAAGUUCAAAGGGAAACUGCAAAGAUGAACCCGGGUUGCAAAUCAAAUCUCUGACAUGAAAUUUAAGGAUUUUAUCAAAAAAAGGCUGAGAGGUGACUUGAUCACUGGGAGCAAGUGGAAAAGCUUUCAGUCUCUCAGACAAAGGCAUAGCAGGUUACAAGGGCUAGAAAGUCGUGUUAUGCAUCUCAGCCUUGAAGUGAGGCACUUUCCCAACAGCAAGAAUAAUUAAACAGAGACCCAGCGAGGGAGGGGGCGAACUCACCAACACUUGGUGUUUUUAAGAGGAGAUUAGAUACGUUUCCAAGAGACAUGCUGCCUGGGGAAAAGUCCAUGGCCUGCAUGCACACAAGCUCAGAUUAACUAAGCACAGAGAUCCCUUCUGACCUUAGUCUAUGAAUCUAUAAAUUCCUCAUUCCACUCAUUAGCAUGGAUCACAAAAACCAUGGUUUAAAAGCAGCAACAUAAACAACUUAAAAAUUAACUGCAUGCUAUUGAUCUCCUCUCACCAGGAAUCACUCGAUACUAAAUUUGCUGGGAAAAAUCUUGACUGCGUCACUUUUAUUUUUAUCUGCACUGCUUCUACAUGUUAGUGACUAGGGAGCGUGAUGGCUUUGAGCACGGGGAAAGGAAAUUUGUGUGACAUUCCCCGUUCGCGAAAAAUUAAAGGUCCAUUCAAAUGGUUUUAAUAUCAACUGAAAUUACUUUUAAUGAAAAGCGAAAAAUAAAUGGUUCAGGUCUCCAGCUCACUAUCAACAGAAGAGUAAAUUGAGCAACAUUUUCAGAUUAAGCCCAGCCUGGUGAAAGUCAAUAAGAAAUUCGUGUUGACCUAGAAUUAACCCUUUGAGGAAUGGUGCCAAGUGGGUAAAGAGCUACAACAGGCCUGAAGCGUCUUAAAAUUCACUGAGAGUUCACACGCAGGUCUUGAACAUCUUCCACGUGACAUGUGCGGGUGAGGGAAAUAUCUGACAUUUCCCAAACAUCAGGCAAACAUCCUGUUUGCCACACGGACCCUGGCUCCAUCUGGCAGCCCCUGCUCAUUUGCGGGCUCUCUGGAGGUGGAGGCGGCAGACAGCAGCCGACAGGGGUGAAGAGCCGGGAUGCUCAUACCUUAGUCUGCCGGACACCUCUCUCCAGAAAGACUUGCAAAGCCAUCCCUCCCCUCCAGUGCUGGAGAGUCCUCCCUUUGCAGGCGGUGCUCUCCCUUCCCGCAAGGGAAGCUAACCCUUCCUUCAAGGGUUUAUUUUUCCACGAGCAAAAAGAACACUGAAUGCAUUCGGUGCAUGAUUAAAAACUCCACAUUCUGCUUGCUUAGGAUGCAGGCGGCGUGCAAACAGGCGUGUGCUACAGAAAGCCUCCACGGGGCAACAGCGGCAGCAUGAUGGUGCCAGCAAUAAUUCUAGAGCAGCUAAUUUACUACCAGCAAUUCCCAACAGACACCAGAAAAGCAUUUUCUUCCUCCUCCUCUGAUUGUUAACCAGUAAGAUUUAUUAGAUGGUUCUGCCAAAUGGAAAUCUUUAAUACAACUUCGACGCGAGCUGAACAGCACAAAAACAGGGUCAGUUUGGGGAUUUUUUUUUUCUUUUUUUCCCCCUCUUCUUUUUAAAUAAGCCCUUGUUCUUGAACAGCAAAACAUAGUGACUCCUGUGCUUAACUACUAGGCAUUGCUAAUGUAGAGCACCAGCGGCCAACUCCCCCAGCUGAUUCCUUUCUGCAUUGCAAAGUUCAUGGUAACUCCAGGCACUGGAAGGGGUUAGAGCACAGCUUGCUUGGACGGAUAUUCCCAGGUGAAGCUAUUACUGAGCAUGGUUCCUUAAUGGCCUGGCACUUCUGGAGCCCGCAGACGUAAAGGCUGCUCUGUUCAGCAGGCAGCAUUCGCAGCUGGAAGUGUUUGUGGUCUAGAAGGGAAAACCAAAAUCUUCCAGCAUACCUGGAAGGAGAUGCGUGGCUGGGACUAUGCUGCACAGACAGCGGAUGAGAACUGCCACACCAGACUAUUAGCAAUAAUUUCUGUCGGAGUUGAUGACAUGAAGGAUUUCAGCGUGCACUAAAGCGUAACUGAUACAGACAGAGCACUCUGGACAUUACUGAUAUGCGACUGACUUUGGAACAAAACAUUGCUUGUUUUCGGCAGCAAGUAACGAUGCCACAUGAUGGUUUUGGAUCAUUAGCAAGGGAAAGUGCUCACGUAGUAGGGGAGAAUAUAACUGGAGCUUGGCCAAAACACCCACACUAAUAAUCCCGCUCCAAGAAGUGGCAUGAUAUCCUCUUAAUUGGCUAAUCUGGACCCUCAUUUAUCCAUCUCCUUGUAAAGAUGACACCUCUGGCAGCACAACACGGCCACCCGAGCUCGAGCCCUCUCAAACAUAACAACCUGGCUGCAAACCACCGUGCAGGUUGUCAGCACCGCUACCAAACUCUGGACGACAUUUUGGCACCCUGAGCACCACCACCCAUGGAGAUGGCGGCGACGCCUUUCACUUUGGUGUUGCAAACCACUGUACGGGUUUCACAACAAGGCCCCCACUUUAAGCAAAUGCUUAGGAGGCGCUUGCAGCUCUGCCUAGCGCCACACAGAGCCGCUUCCCGUGGUGGCUGGUACCCUGCAGGCUUUUCUUAUCCCAGCACUUACUCCACCCACUUGACAAGCAUCGUUCAGUUCCAUCUCUGGUAAAGCCCUCCUGAAAUCUUAGAAGGAAGGAAUUUAAUCCAGUAAAUAGAUGUGGGGACUUUUUUCCUACUUCUAAGCAGAUUCUGUGUCUAUAUAACUGAUAAUAUUUAAUAGCCUUUGUGGUGCUGCUCCAAAAACAUUAGUGAGCACGUGUGCCUGCAUAGGCAGGAGUGAGGAGGGAGAGAAGCUUUGUUUGUGGACUUAGAGGACACUAAGUUUCAGGGAGUCAAAACAACAUGCUAAUUCAGCUGUUUCAAAUCUCUUUUACAACCCCAGACAAUUACAAUAUAGGAUUAUUUUUAUUUUUUUAACAUUUCCUGAUAAGGCCAAUGUGAUCUUUAGGACUAAGCAGGAAUUUUUAAAAUAAUAAUAAUCAAAAUUAACAAACUCUGCUGGUAGUCCCACUGCUUAUUGCUUCUCUCUCUAUGGGAGAGAGAAGGGCUAGAGCAGGAGCUCCCAGGCACUUGGCUCUCACACCCUACAGAAAAGAGGCACUGACACCCUCUGCUUUGGGUUGCUUCCAAAUUACUGCCCAUCAGGAGCCUUUUACUGUAAGAUGCUUUUGGAUGAAAAGCAGAGGGUCCCUCCCACCCAACACUCUCGGCGGGAAGGUAGCCACCGAGUGAAUGGCAGCCGAGCUGCCUGAGCAGGGCCCCCGGCUCGCGUGUGCCAAGCCCUGGCGCUGCGUGCCUGAGCCGGAGCACAGGUAGGGCAGGGUUUGCAGAGACAUCAAGUGGGUGAGCAGGCAGCAAGGCUGAUGCCCAGGUGCAGUUUUAAAAGUCAAUUAAUAAGUAGUGCAAAGUCAAAUGCAGCAACGAAGGCAAAUCAGAUGCCAGGCUGCAUCUGCAGGGGCGUUUCUAGGUUAGGUAGAGAUGUGAUCAUCCCACUCUGCUCAGCCCUCGUCAGGCUGCACCAGGAGUAGUGUGUCCACUUGUGGUCCCCACAAUUCAAAAAAGGCAUGGACAGACUGGAGAGGGUCCAAAGAAUGGCCACAAAGAUGAUCAAAAGGCUGGAGAACCUGCCCUGUGAGAAAAGACUGAAGGAGUUCAGGCUCUUCUCCCUGGAGAACAGAAGGUUUGGGGGACACCUCACAUGGUAUUCCUGCACUUAAAGGGAGGCUACAAGGAGGAUGGGGGCUCUCUCUUCACAAGGAGCUACAUGGAGAGGACAAGGGGCAACAGGUACAAGUUGCAGCAGGAGAGGUUUCAUCUCAGCGUAGGAAUUUUUUACAGUGAGAACAAUCAUCCACUGGAACAAGCUCCCCAGGGAUGUGCUGGAGUCCCCAUCACUGGAGGUUGUCAAGAUGCGAUUAGAGAGGGUGUUAGACCAUCCCAUCUAGUGUCCCCCUCCCAUGAAAGGUUGGACCAGACGAUGCUUCAAGGUCCUUCCAACUUGGGUUGUGCUAUGAUUUUAUGAUUCGGUGAUUUGCUUUGUCCGUCGAGUCCUUUAAUGGCCAGCUGUCACAGAGGGAUCUUCUCUGCUACCUGUUUGCUGGGGAAGGACUGCAAGGUGAAUAGGCAGAGAUUUAAACGGUGUUCAGAUUACACAAGCACUCGAACCGUGGACAGCCAGGUCCCCACCUGCCCUUGGUGCCCCUCAGCCUUCUUGGGAUUUUCUUAGGAGCAUGAUUCAUAGCUUCACGGAGGUCAGCAGAUGGACUGGACCAGUGGUGGCAGUGUCGGGGGGGGAUACUCACAGCAUGAUCCUCUGACACGGCUCGUGGUUUGGGCAAUGGAGGCACCUCGGGUGUGGGGCUAUAGGUGAAGGCUCUCUAGCAAACCGCAGGCAUUACCGCAGGGUCGUUAGCCUGCCGGGUAAUAACUUGCAAAAUGCUGAAACAUAUUUUCCUGGAAGGAGUGGUGAAGUGACACCCAUUUUGACGGCGAUUACCUUCACCCCAGGCGUGCUGCUGGAGAGACGGGCUCCAGCUGCUCCUUAGCCGGGGAGGUCACUGCCCCCGAUGCUGCCGGAGGUUUUGCGUCCCCGCAGCGAGGCUCAGCGGCGCAGAGCUUCCUUUUUUCCCAGGCUCUGACAGCCUGUAAUCAUUUUAUCUCUCAGGAUUAAUGGCACCAAGCAAUAAACUCGCAUCCUAAUUAUUGUAAUC